GUAGCAACAACUACACUAAUAGUAGUUCAGUAUCAGUAGGAGUGACAGCAAAAGAAAGGUUGUAACUAAUUAUUUUUUGGUAAUGGUAACUGUAAUAGUAUUACUGACUAUUACACUGUGGAAAGUAAUAUUAUUACUAGUAUUUCCCUACUGGCCAUCACUGGUCGUGACACAUAAAGAAGUGACAACAAGAAACACACAGUGAAAAGAAAAAACAAUCAGUGAACUACAUAAGAAACAGAGGUUCCCAGAGAAAUACAGUAGAAAGUUAUGAGUAUGUAUAUUAAAUGUAAGGAAGUAACUUGAAAUCGUGAAUUGAAUUCUAAAGAUAACAAGCUCUUGAUAACGUGAACUUGUGCAUUCCAUAUGUGUACACCACCUUCUCUAAGAUAACAUCUUGUAUGUGUUAAAACUUACUUGGCAAUAAACCCGAUUCUUACUCGCAUUCUGAUUCUGAUUCUCUAAUAACAGUUCCAACAUAAUAACUGAAAUUCACUGAAAUGUAAAAAACAAUUGAAGUUAACUAAAUGUGUCACCCUGUGUGCAGGGUGUGUGUGGAGUGUGUACUUUCUCAGCAGUGUGACACACAGGCUGGUGGCCUACAACCAGGAUGUCCUACAUGAGAGCAGACAGUAGCUGGUCCCAGCCCUGGGACUUCAACAGCCUGGUCCAGACAUGCAGCUCCAACAUCCAGAAGAUCAGCCAGAACUCUGGGCAGAUCAAAAAUCUCCUCUACCAACUGGAGACGAGACAGGAAACCUCAGAUCUCCAGGAGAGGCUCCAAGAGCUCCAGCACUACACCAACCAGCUGGCUAAAGAGACCAACAGACACCUGAAGGAGCUGGGGUCACUGCCCCCCGCUCUGUCUCCAUCAGAACAGAGGCAGCAGAAGCUGCGUAAGGAGCGUUUGAUGAACGAUUUCUCUGCAGCCCUUAACAACUUCCAGGUGGUGCAGCGGAGGGCAGCUGAGAAAGAGAAGGAGUCAGUGGUCAGAGCUCGAGUUGGAUCCAGAGCCACGGGAGACGGAGGCAAUGUGAAUGACCAGCUGGUUACGUUUGAAAAGGAAGAUGAGUGGAGUCAGAGCCAGACUCAAACUGAGGAACCCCACAUCACAGAGGAGGACCUGGAGAUCAUUAGGGAGAGAGAGACUAACAUCAAACAGCUGGAGGCUGACAUAAUGGAUGUGAACCAGAUCUUCAAGGACCUGGCUGUGAUGAUCCACGACCAGGGAGAGAUGAUUGACAGCAUUGAGGCCAACGUGGAGAGUGCAGAGGUUCAUGUGGACAGAGGGGCCGUCCAGCUGCAGAAGGCAGCCUAUUACCAGAGGAAGUCCCGUAAGAGGAUGUGCAUGCUGGCCAUGGUGCUGUCGCUGGUGCUCAUCAUCCUGAUCAUCAUUGUCUGGCAGGCCAUCAAAUGAGAGGAGCCCACUGAUACCUUCAAAUGACUUCCAACGUGUGUGUGUGUGUGUGUGAGCUGUAUGUGUGCACAUUAGUC